AAAUAAUUUGACAAAUGGACGAGGAAGAUAUCAUCGCUACGUUUGGCACAGCGGAUCUCUACGAAAUCCUGGGGGUCGAGAAAACUUGCUCUACAAAUAUCCUCAAAAAAGCAUAUCAUAAAAAAUCGUUAGAGCUGCACCCAGACAGACAGCAGGAGGACAAGGAGAACUUCACAGUAAAGUUCCAGUUCCUCCAUCAGAUUUACACUCUCUUAUCGGACUCUGACAGGAGGAAGGAGUAUGAUGAUCAUGGUACCCUCAGUCAGGACGAUAAGCUUCCUGAUCGCUCUUCGGACCAGUGGUCACAAUACUGGAGAGAACUGUAUCGGAAAGUCACUGUCGAGGAAAUCGUGGAAUUUGAGAAGACCUACAAGGGCAGUGAGGAGGAAAGGAACGAUGUUAAGAAAUAUUACGUCAAGUCAAAAGGUGAUUUGGAUAUAAUCAUGUCGAGCAUAAUGGUGGUCCGCUAUGAUGAGGAGAACAGAAUUAGAGAUAUUAUCAAUGAACUUAUUUCAACGAAAGAAGUCAAGAAGUUCAAAGCUUUCACCGAGGAAGACCCGAAGAAGAGAAAGCGAAGAGAAAGGACUGGGAAGAAAGAGGCUAAGGAGGCUUCCAAAGCUCAGGAGGAACUUGGGGGACAAGAAUCGUUGUUUCAAGCGAUAGCAAUGAGACAGGAAGAAAGAGGUAAAAACAUGGAAUCAUUUUUCGAUCAGUUGGAAGCAAAGUAUGCUCAACCCACUAAGAAAAGGAAAACAGGAAAAGCCAAAAAGAAGUGAUUAUUUAUGAAAUGGUAACUUUGUUUUAUCACUGUUUGCUAUAUGCUUUCCCAUACACAAAGAGAAAUGUUUUUAGCGCAGUGGUA